AUUCUGCACCCGUUGCCUUUCCAUCUCUUGCUGUGUUUCUUCCAUAUUUUGAAUUUGAAGGGUCACAGCAGGUACAAUUAAGCAGUUAAUGGAUGAUGAUCACAAUGACUCUUUUCUCAAGAUGAAGACAUGGACCAACUCCUUUUCUUCUUGUGGGUUGUAGUGUAUAAAUGCUGCAACUAAAGGGGUUGAAAAUAACUACAAGAAGGUGGGAAAGAGAAUAAACUUCUCUAAUGGUAGAGUGGGAAGUUUGUCAGAAGUUGAUGUAGGGAUUCCAAAAGGAACAGCCUGUGAUCUUACCAGGAUGGCUUCUAGCUUCAAGUAUUGGAAUGAAUGUGUUGAUCCACUGGACAUGGAGGCAAUGUGGAUGGAUUCUUUUGUGAGAAAAGAAUGGGAUGAUGCUGGAGAGAGAAAGGGACAAAAAGUUCACCUCUCACGGGAUCCUGAUGGGCAGCCAUUUCUUACCCAAACUGAGAUGAAGACCGUGGCUGAGAUUGUUGUCCGUAGGCACUUCCUAUCGCAAGUUGAUCCGGACAUGAUUUGUGCUAUUGCUGAACUUCAAAGUGAUAGACAACUCCUCACAACACGGUAUAACAAAAAAACUAAGGAAACUGCGUUUGGGAUCAUGCAGUUGUCACCAAAAACUGCAGAGUGGCUGAUCAGAGAGAUGGGUUAUCGGCAAUAUGAAAUAGAAGGGGACUCGACACUUCUGUAUAGGCCUUUCAUAAGUGUAUAUUUCGGUGCAGCAUACUUAAAGUGGUUAUCACGUUAUGAUGAAAAGGAAAGAAAUGAAGAAUUUGUAGUUAGGGCUUAUAAAGGUGGAACGAAAAAGGCAAAACACAAGUCAACGUUGGAUUACUGGCGAUGGUACCUUUCAGCCAAACAAAGUCUCCCAUCUAGGAGAGGGACAUAUAAUGCUUCAAUGCCUGAUGCUUAUACUCCUGCUCUGCUUGUUUCGGAAGAGAAAGGUGAUGAAUGGACAUAUUGGGAUUCAAGAGCUUCUCCUGAGAACAUGGAAGAGAUGUGGACCAACCCUGAUGUUCUCAAAGAAUGGACCAACUCUAAUGAGAAAAGAGGAAAAGUGCGCUUCUCGCAUGAUGCAGAGAAUAGACCAUACCUUUCCCGAACAGAAGUAAAGGCAGUAGCUGAAAUCAUUCUUUCCAAACACUUCAGUACAAGAAAAGUGAAACCUACAGUUCUAGCUGCCCUUGCGGAGGUCUGUAGCAUGCGCUUUGUGACUGGCGUGGGAUCCUGUACUGGAAUUAUGGGAAUUGAUUAUCCGAAGGCACAAUGGCUGUACAAGGAUAUCGGUUACAAGGCGUACCAAAUCCAGUCUGUUGAGGAUCUUUUCAAUCCCUUUGCAUCCAUGUAUGUUGGUGCAGCUUACAUGGCUUGGCUAUCACAAUAUGAGGGGAGGGAAAGAACUCCACAGUUUAUAGUUCAAGCUUAUCUUGGAGGACCAGAGAAUGUUAAUCUUCAAGGGACAGGACCACUUUGGAGUAAAUUUGAGGAAGCUUUGAGCCAAUAUCCAGACUCAAAGAAGGAUAAAGGAACCUGCUCCAUUUUAUAGUCAACAUAUACUCUGUUACUAUGGAAGCAUCAAAGACCACCAGCCACCUGACUACCAUCAUUUCAUACAAGAUUUGCACAGCAAUAUCCUAUUGAACUGCAUUUAAGU